GGGUACAGCAGCAGUGUCCCAGCGGAGAUUGAACCGGCAACCUGCUACACUGCUGCCCAGACCUCACGUUAACAAAAGCAAGACACGUCGUGCUAAUGAAAUUACGUCCGAUCAAAUGCUAAAUGAAGAAGUAGAUGUCCACAAGAUUGGCAGCGUCAGACACUCGAAUAAAAGCGUCAGAGGCAAAACAGCUCAAAACGAACAAAAAGGAGAUAAAUUGCAACACAAGGCUACUAAAAAGUAGACAAAUUGUUCCAGAUGUGGUUAGCAACAUGAACCAGAAAAUGUCCAGCUUAUGGCCAAACGUGUAAGACAUGCAGCAAGAGAAACCAUUUCGCCAAAAUGUGUAAAACACAAGCCACCACGAAGAAAAUGCAUGCAGUGGAGAACAAAACGAUCUCUUUGUUGGAACUAAUCAAGUGCCAGCAAAACAGAAGUCAAGAAAUGUGCACACGGUCGCCGCUGAAACACACAUUGAAAGGGAUAAAUGGAGUGAAAUCUUACAAAUAAACAAGAAUGCUGCAUUCAGAUGAGACACCGGUGCUGCAUGUAAUGUAAUGUCCGCAAAUGUGUUCAAGUCAUUGGGAACUCGAAGAAAAAUCCACCUGCCAUUUAGUUACAUAUUCUAGCCACAAGAUGUCGCCAUUGGGACAAGUUCAGUUCACCUUCACACACAAAGGCCAAAAGCACAACAUUCAAUUCCAAGUUGUUGAUAACAAUGUUACCAACAAUACUUGGGCGUACAACCUGUGAAAAAUUGGACAUGGUUAAAAGAAUUUACGACUUAAAAACUGAAGAUGACCUGCUGAGAGACUUAGAUGACUUGUUCUCUGGUCUUGGAUGUUUGCCAGUUCAACAUCACAUCGAAACAGACCUCAGUGUUCCACCAGUGAGACAUCCACCCAGAAAGGUAGCUGUAGUGCUCAAAGACAAAACAGUUGAAGAAUUACACAAAAUGGAAAGUAUGGGUAUAAUAGCAAGCAAACACAACCAGCAGACUGGGUAAACAGCAUGGUCACAGUCGUGAGACCAAACAAGAUAUGAAUGUGCAUGGAUCCACAGGACCUCAACAAAGCAUUAAAACAUGAACACUACCCUCUACUGACAGUAGAAUAAGUGGUCUCUAGCAUGCCAAAUGUGAAAGUAUUCUCUGUUCUUGACCCCAACCAAGGUAUUGGCAAAUAAAACUAGAUGAUGAAAGCUCAAAACCUUGCACAUUUUACACCCCAGUCAGGAGGUACAGGUUUCUUCACCUACCUUUGGUGUGUCAUCGGAAAGCAAAGUCUUAUAGCAUGCAGUCACACAGAUGCUCGAUGGUCUGGAUGGUGUAGUCAAUAUCAUAGAUGACAUCCUACUGUGGGGUAAGACAGUUUAAGAACAUGACCACAGACUCAAAGUGCUGGAAAGAGCAAGAGAAUGGAAUCUGAAGUUAAGAAUGAGUGCCAGAUAAGAACGUCAAAAAUAAAAUAUCUUGGACACAUCAUCUUAAAAGAAGAUCUCAAGAGAAAAAGUGAGAGCACUCAUACCAAUGCCGCUGCUUGACAAUAAACAACCUCUCAUGAGAUUCAUGUGUAUGGUUAAAUACCUAUCCAAGUUCAUUCCAAAUCUGUCAGAAGUCAGUGCUCCUCUUCAAAAGCUGCUAGAGGAUGACAUUCAAUGGCAUUGGGAGGAAGAACAGCAGAAAAGCUUCAUAAUGAUAAACUGCUAACAAAUGCACCAACACUCAAAUUAUAUGAUUUGUGAUUUAUGAAACCAGUGACACUUUCAGUAGAUGCCAGCUCUGAAGGCAUAGGAGCAGUCAUUCUGCAAGAUGGAAAGCCAGUAGCAUAUGGAUCACAUGCACUUACAGAUGUUCAAUGGAGUUACAUGCAAAUUGAGAAAGAAUUACUUGCCAUUGUCUAUGGAUGCAAAAAAAAUGUUUGGUAAAGAAGUGGAAGUUGAAAGUGAUCAUAUACCACUUGAGAGUAUCUUCAGAAAGUCACUGCACAAAGCUCCACCCAGGUCCAAUCGGUCUCUUCAUCGAUGAACUCGACAUGCUCUUGAGCUCCCUCCCGGACACCCCGCUGAUUCUACUGGGCGACUUCAACAUCCAACCUGAGAGCACCUUAACGGCUAGCAUGCUCUCACUCCUGCCCUCUUUCUCCCUCACCCUCUCCCCGUCUUCUGCAACCCACAAAGCCGGCAACCAGCUCGACCUUGUGCUCACAAAGAACUGCGCUACAUCCCACUUCAUGGUGACUCCCCUCCAUAUGUCCUCUGUCCCCUUAUCUCAAGUCAUCACGGCCGUCGCCCUCCUCCCCAUGGUUGACCGAAUCCUUAGCUCCGAUAGAGCUGCGCUGUGGGCCGCUGAGAGGAAGUGGAGGAAAUCCAGAUCCUCUGACGAUCUAGCGUCCUACCACUCCCUGCUGACAGCAUUUACGGCUGCAACAACAACAGCUAAGUCCUCAUUUUUCCAAAACAAAAUCAACAGUAACAUCACUAACCCCCGCAAUCUCCUCUCUACCUUUUGCACUCUCAUCUCCCCUCCUCCUCCCCCUCCCCUUCUCUUCUUUCUGCAGACGACUUUAAAGUUCACUUUGAGAGGAAGGUGUCCAGCAUCCGGGACUCCUUCACUCCUCCAGCUACCUCAACCACCAGAAAGGCAUCCAGUCACCACCUGUCCUCCUUCUCUACACUCAGCAACUCAGAAGUUCUUCAAGUCAUCACAACCCACCAUGCUACAACCUGCCCUGUCAACCCCAUUCCUUCCACCCUUCUCCAGUCUGUAUCCGGUGAGAUCGCCCCAUAUCUCUCUUCCAUCAUCAACUCAUCUCUAACUACUGGCCUUGUUCCCACAGGUCUUAAAAAUGUUCUGGUUACCCCCCUGCUAAAAAAACCUACCGCUGACCCAUCUGACAUGAACAAUUACUGUCCAGUAUCCCUCCUGCCAAGCAAGUAACACACACACACACACACACACAUAAGGAAACCACCUCCUUGCAAAUUAUCAAACUACUAUAAACAGUUAAGUGUAUCAACUAAAGUGCACACACAAACAUGCACACACAAACACUCAAAGAGUAUUAAACAGUCCAGUCAAAACUUAACUAAUUGAAACUCAAUACUUACACUUUACAACUAACACCGCACCCAGGCCAUUGCUCACAUCUCAUGAUAUCUUUCAAAGCAACCAAUGUGCAAAGGGAUCUGGCAUUUACAAAAGAUCAUUUCUGAAUGCCAGCUGAUCCAGUGGCAUUUUUCUGCCGCGCCUCGACCUCCUGUAUAGAAGCCAUGCGUUCUGCAUAGCUACAUCAGGCAUGAACAUGAAGAAUGGGGUCCACCACUUUUUUGAAUGGAUGUUGAUCCUGUAGUAGCUAGUUCUGAUCCAUUCUGUCAACACUGCCCAUGUUCUUGUUAUAGUAAUUGACAAUGUGCAGCUGGUCAAUUGCCACUUUCUUGCCUUCAGCUCAGGAGUAUCUCAUGGCUUUCCCCAAUUUCCCCAAGGGGAUGAAUAAAGUAUCUAUCUAUCUAUCUAUCUAUCUCUAUCUAUGGGGUUGUUAGGUUGACGAUUGGGAGCCAAUAUGACAACACUGUUGUCAUGCCAUUGUGUCACUACCUUGCUGGUAGGGGAGUAGUGGUUAUAUGUAGCCCUUGGUGACUUAAGCCGUUUUCACAUAUGAGCUCUGGACAAAGUGCGGAGAAUCAGGUCCGCAACUUGUCC